GUUCAGUUCACGCGCAACCGUUGACGGAGGCACGCGUCAACACUUUCGUUCAGAAUAAAUCGAAUUAAAAUAAUUUAUUAAGUCUUAUCUUAUAAAUUAACUAAAGAAUUCCAUUUCUUGUUGGAAAUUCUUUUCAGUGUAAAAUUUUUCAUUGAAAAUAAGUCAGUGAGUGCUGAACGUCGCGUGGAUGUUAACUAGCCGGCGUUACGAAGCAUUCCAAAUUAAUUCGAAUUGGUCAAGGUCCGUAAGAGAGAGAUUGACGUAUUGGUGCUGAUUUGUGGGCAUUCGUCUAAGGAUCACGUGUGCAUAGGAUCAUAAGUCAAGAUGGUGGUGAGGGUAGCAACAGAUGAGCGGCCUUUUGAGAGUCCUUCUUCGGAUGAGAGUGGGCUCGGGAGAAGCGACUCUCCAAGCGAAAACACUGAACCAGAAGCAGCAUUGGUGGUUCCUCCAGAUGGAGGCUGGGGCUGGGUAGUGGUGGGAGCGUCUUUCAUGUGCAAUGUAUUAGUUGAUGGCAUCAUAUUCUCUGGAGGUCUGUUGUCCUCUGCCAUCAAGGAUGAUUUUAAGAUUAGUGAAGGAAAAGUGGCUACUGUGAAUUCUCUACUGGCUGGCUUCUACUUAUUGGCUGGACCUUUCGUGUCGGCACUAGCUAACAAGUAUGGAUUUCGCGUCGUAACAAUCAUCGGAAGUUUGAUUUCGAGUUUUGCAUUCGCUGUCUCCUACUACGCAACCAGCGUAGAAUAUCUUUAUAUCAUCUACGGUAUAAUGGGAGGUAUUGGACUAUGUAUGAUAUAUAUGCCUGCGGUGCUGACUGUUGGUUUCUACUUUGAAAAGUGGAGAGGUCUAGCCACUGGCUUAGCACUUUGUGGUUCCGGAGUAGGCACUUUCGUUAUCGCCAUCUUAACUAAUAAACUAAAUGAAAGCUUGCAAAAUUGGAGACUUAUUGUGCUCAUACAUGCAGCCAUGUUACUCCUAUGCAUCCUCUUUGGUUCUCUAUUCCGGCCGAUCAAACCAGUCCGCGUGACAUUAGCCGACGAACAAGAUGAAGAAGAUACUGCAAGACGUCACGAGGAGGCCGUCGAAAAACUUAACUCCAUGAUCAAGUUACACAGCAAACUCGAUUCUGGAAUUUGCAUGCCUCCAGAAAUGAAGUUUACAAACAAAGUAAGCCCUCAUACUUGGAUGGGCGUGCCUAAUAACACACGUUACCCGACUGCCGAAGAGGUAUUCCGUGGCAGUAACUCGCAUUUGAGCAAUUCACACGCCGGUAGACGAUCGUCAGCGAAUGCUGGAGCUAUAAAGAAUACACUUGGAAACAAACCUAUGUUCAUCGAAAUGCCAGUCGCUGAGAAAGAUGAACAAGAGGAUUCAAACGGUAACAUCGACAACACUGAGCCCCUUAUUGGAGCUGCUGUGAAAGUCGUCCCCACACAGAACCGUUUCCAUCAACGUCGUUCUCAUGCUGAUUUAGUGGCCAGACCCUUGUACCGGGACGAUAUUUUCUUUGGAGCCAGUUUGACGCGAUUGCCUCAAUAUACAUCUAGAACUUCGCUUGGAUACCAUCUCGCAGUAACGCACGUUCCUACAAAAGAAGACGCUCAAGAGGAAUCUUCGGGAAAAUGUCGUUUCUGCCCUGAAGCCGUGAAAAGGACAUUGGCUACCAUGUUAGACGUCAGUCUAUUCCGAUCACCGACCUUUGUCAUCCUUGCUCUAAGUGGAUUUUUCACAAUGUUAGGCUUCUUCGUUCCGUACAUGUACAUACAGAGACGAGGUGAAAGUAACGGUAUGAAUAAAGCAAUCGCCGGUUGGCUUAUAUCCGCCAUAGGAAUAUCGAACAUAGUUGGUCGUGUGAUGUGUGGAUUUCUAUCGUCGAUGCCGAAGAUAUCCCCUUUGUGGUUGAACAACAUCGCCAUCUCUGCCGGUGGGAUUGCAACUAUGAUGAGCGGACUGUACUACGACAGCGUUUUCCAAUUUGCCUAUUGCGCCAUCUUCGGACUGGCUGCUGCGUGCUUCGCCUCUCUCCGUUCGAUUUUGGUAGUGGAGUAUAUUGGACUAGAACAGUUGACCAACUGUUUCGGGCUAUUCCUCCUGUUCCAAGGGUUUGGUGCUGUGUUGGGAGUGCCUAUUGCAGGCAUGCUCUAUGACCUGACCCUUAGUUACGAUAAAUCGUUCUACGUGUCCGGUGCAUUCCUGUUGUUGUCUGCGGUUAUGUGUUAUCCUGUGGAUGCGAUCAGCAAAUGGGAGAAGUCUCGCAAAGUACACAACUCUUCACCGACAGCUUGAGCCUCAAGCAAGAACUCCAUUAUAAAAAGACUUUAGUGCCAAAACGUGAAUGGCAAUAAUCGUGUAAACUACCCAAAACAUUAAUGCAAGAUUCAAAAAUAAUUAACAUACGUUCAAUUUUUAGCCAGAAUGUUCAACGAAAGCGAGUAAUAAUAAUGAAAAUCAUGUUGGUUCGUUUUCUCCGCAAUUAAAACUUUUCCCAGAUUUAGAAUGCGAAUAACGUUACGUGGAUCGCAAAUUAGAACGUUUUAUGGGUCCGUCGUGUAAGCGAGCUUGUAUAUUCGUCGCGUGCGUUGAAUGGUUAAUGAUCCACGGCGCUGUAUGAAUGCCUAGGUAGGUAGGUAGGUACCGAUUACUCUUGUAUUCAUGAAUGACCAUUCGCAGCGUUUGGAUUGGCUAUUUUUAGAUGUGGUUUUCGACGCGUUCGUUCAUGAAUAUGAGUCGUAUGAGUUGCUCUUGCAAUAUAAUAAUAGUACAAAAAAAAAAGAUUUCGAAUUUAUCUACAAAACUAUUCGAUUAAUUUGAAAUUUUAUAAUGAGAUACAUUCCCGACUGGACACUUCGACAAAACGAGCAAUGAUUCGGUUAAGUCAUUUUUAUGCAUUUAAAUAUAUAUUUAGAAGUUUAAAAGUACAAAGAAUCGAGUAGUAGAGUUUAGUUUAGCGGUUUUGUCGAAGGUAAGACCCGAGAUGAUCUGAAGCCAAAAUGUACUUUAAUUAAAUUAUAUAAUGUGUGUGCCUAAUUUUAUACUUAAAAAUAGGGCAUAAUGCUCUUUGUAAUUUAAUAGUAAGCUAUCUUACAAGUACCUAAUGUACUCGCGUGUAAUACGAAUUUGCUUAACACGUUGUAAUUAUAAUCAGUUGUGCCUUAUGUUUGAAGUGAUACCUAAUUACUUAUAUAAAAUAGAAAUUAGUUUAUAAAUAUUGUUAAUGUUUUAAUUUUUUAAAUGGAAUCUGUUGUUCCGAAUGCCCUUUGUACUUUAUUUGCAUUAAUGAAAACAUGUAAAUUAGUUUUAAAUGUUUGUUUAGUUUUUAAUUCGACAACUGUGGCUGUGGUCAUUAGAUUACGUUUACAUUUGUAAAUAAUAAAUCAUAGUCGUUUUCUUAAUUAGCAUCUCCAAAAAAUAUUGAUCAAUAAAUUAAAAAAUGAAUUUCUUUAAAACUAAAUAAACUUUCAUCAAUUAUUCAUCCAGUUUCAAUAAUCAAAGGUAAAUUAAUUAAAAUGUUUUAGUGGUUUAUUUCUCAGAAGAGAUCAGUUAAUAAUGUUCGAAAUUUUCAUGUCGUCUUAAUUAUAUUUGUAAAGAUGGGCAAAUCAACGUUAGAUUUAAUAUCA